AUGAUUUUGCUGUAUUUUCUAAUCGAAACACUACGAGCCAGCAAUCCGGAAGAUCGUUGUUUGGAAACAAUCGACCCGGGACCGUGCCAAGUUUAUCAAAUGAAAUGGUUUUGGGAUGAGAGUGACGGACAAUGCAAAGAAUUCACGUAUGGAGGAUGUCUCGGCACUAAAAAUAGAUUCAACACGAAACAGGAAUGCAUCAAGAUGUGCCGAUACAAAUUGUUCAAUCCCGCUGCUGUGCCUGAUCUUUGUCUUCUCGAGGUCGAUCAUGGACAUUGCUCGGAUGAACGAAAUGGACAGUGGUGGUAUUGGUUCAAUUCGGAUUCGGGUGAAUGCGAGAAAUUCUUCUACUAUGGAUGCGGGGGAAAUGACAAUAAAUUCUACUCGAUUCAUUUAUGCCGAAAAGUUUGCGGAGAACGAUUAUCACCACAAAUUGCUUGUGAUCACUGUGACUUGAGGACGUCGUAUUGCAAGGGAAAUUCGAAAUACAAUUACACAUGCGAGUGUCGGACGGGAUUUCAGAGAAACACACAAGGAGAAUGCAUUGAUAUCGAGGAAUGUCGAGGUUUCACAGCGGUUUGCGAUAA